GGUUUUUAAAAGCUGCUGCUCAACAACAUGUAGGGAUAAAAGGCAAGAAACGCGAGUGCCGUCAAAUGCGGAUUACAUUUCAUCUGAUCUGAGCGCUCGGGACUUAAGGAGUUCGUCAAAACUCGAGAGUAUUCGGAAGAAUAGAGAUCAAAUACUGUUCCUCCUGUCAUCUCUAAAGUUAAGGAGCGAAUACAAGGAAAGUGUUGUUUGAGUGAUUUUUACUAAGCGAAACCAGUCGGGAGGUCCGAAUCUGAGGUUCAUCAUCAGCAGACAAGAUGCAUCGUUGUACAACAGCAGCGUUGCUAUUGUUAAUUAUUGCUUUAUAUUCCCUCCAAGCAGAAGCCUACAAGUGCAGGUGCACAAGAAAAGGGCCAAAGAUUCGCUACAAGGAUGUGCAAAAACUGGAGAUUAAACCCAAACAUCCUUUCUGCCAAGAGAAGAUGAUAUUUGUCACCAUGGAGAAUGUGUCACGCUUCAAGGGGCAGGAGUACUGUCUGCACCCUAAACUGCAAAGCACCAAAAACCUGGUCAAGUGGUUCCGGAUCUGGAAGGAUAAGCAUAGGGUGUAUGAAGCUUAACAUAUAGAUUAUGUAUACAAAGGGAACAAGUGGGGGGAAAAAAACAUUAAGACUGUUUUUGUGAAGAACAAGACAUUAUCUCCCAGCAAUCAGUACUUGGUCUUGGAGUGAGAUUUAUCAAGCAGUGAUGUCUAGUUUUCUGGUGCCGUUUAAGUUUGCCAUCAGGCUAAUUAUUGUUACUCACUUAAGUCAUUUCAACUGUAAUAAUGGUCAUAUUUCUACAAUGCCAACAUUCAAGGCUGUGAAAGAUGAUACAGGAGGAAAUGCUAUGAAAGAGGUCCUUCAUUAAUCUGGCCCAAUGUGUUUUUCUUUCGAAUAGGAGAUGUUUUGUAUGCCCUUGAACCAUUUGUUUAUUCUGGUGACUACAGUAUGUGGAUGUCUUGUAAGAUGAAAGGAACAUAGGGUUCUUGUUAUUGUACCAACUGAGAGUAAUCCUGCUGUAUCUUGCUGUGCACUCCAGAAGUGUCAAACAUAGCAUACUGUAUACGUGUCUAGCGAAUGUGAUGAAGAGAAUUAUUUAAAAACAACUCUAUGUAUAUCAUUCAGUUUGUACAUUUGAGUCCAUUCAAAGAGAAUAGUGUAGAAGAGAAAGAAACACAUUCAGAUGACUAGGUCAAUGUCAUUUUAGAUGUCCUUGGUGCCAGUCCCUUACCAUUAUGCAAUAAGUCAGUUGUAGGUUAUUAUGAGGGGUAUGUAAAGUCAGCCUGUUCAUUUAGAUCUUGUAAGACAUAUAUUUUCUGUACCUGGUAGGAACUAUUGUAAACAGCUAUUGUAUAAUAAAUUGUCCAUUUGUCGUA